AAAACGGAUCCCUGUGUUAAAAGCAUAUGAAUUUUGUACAAACAAUAUUAAAAGUGUGAACAGAGGAUGACCUUGACUACAGUUUAAAAAACAACAACACACAGAUAAUGUGAUAUUAAAAUGGAUUGUGCUGGUGGGCGGGGUUAUAGAGUAUAAAAACAGUGUACCACCUUCCCAGUUCAUUGAGUACCGCUAAAGAGGUGCUGUGAGGAGCUCUUGACAUUUUUCUUCUAAGGUGAAGUUUAUGUAAUUUGUAUUUAAAACCAUGGGUAAAAUGUAUUUUCUUUGUUUAUUUGCUAGUUUAUUUGGAUUCAUUAUUACAAUGUUAAUUUUCUCUUUUCUGGUGUUUAAUCCUUUUGUGUUGGUUUAUUGUUGAUUGCAGGCAAUCCAGGGUUUGUCCCCUGUUUUGCUACUUUUGAUGUUGGGAAAAUAAAUCAUCCUGCACCUUGCCUCCGUGUGUGCUUGUCAUCCUUUGUUGACCUAUGAAGAGUAUGGUUCUAGUGUUGAAUACACUUCCCUCACCUAAGUCAUAGGUGUGACAUUUGGUGGCAGUGGUGGGAUGGCAGGCCGCAGAGGUUCAAAAAAGAGGGGCACAUAGGGGCAGGGAUGGUUUACAUUCUCAAGUAUCAAAAGUAGAAGCUACAGAGGAGCCAGGAGAGGCUGGUUGGGCUACCAUGGGCUCCGAUGGCUCAGAUGUGUCAUUGGAGGAGGACCUAACAAGUUCUGAUGAACUCGGGGCCAAGCCCAAGCAGGUUAAGCUGAAGACACAGCCUGCACAGCCUGCUGAAGUCAAGCCUAGGAUAACAGGUGAUUCUGCAAUGCCCUGCACUAAGCCUAAGGAAGAGACAGAGCUGACUUCCAUUCUCAAAGACUUUCUACUCAUUCAAAAACAAAGGGAGGACAUUCUUAUUAAUGAGCUCAGAGAAAUAAAAACUGCCAUGAGCGUGCCCUCUACCAACAUAGCUCAACACAGUGUCAACACUCCCUCUACUGAGGAAAGUCUACAUAUGCAGCUUCCCACACCUGCACCUAGGAGUCCUCCACACAACCUCACCACACCCAAUAUUCUUGCCGUUCAAUCCCAUGAUUCUGUUGAACCUGUUGUUUACUCUGACUUGCUCUUUCAUCAAGACCCAAAGAUGCUUCCUUUUGCACAAGGGGAGGACAUUGAAAACUUUCUAGUUCGCUUUAAGCACAUGGCCAGAACUUGGGGUUGGCCUUUCUCAGACUGGGCCUGCAGACUUGUUCCCCUUCUGACUGGAAAAGCUUUUGAAGCCUACUCAGCAAUGGAUGAACAAGCAUCUAAUAGUUAUCCAGCACUGAAAGAUGCUCUCCUGGCUAAGUUUGACAUUUGCCCUGAAACAUAUCGUCUCCAAUUCAGGUCAUUACAAAUACCCCCGGGUGAAUCUCCCAGAGAGACCUAUGACAGACUUAAAGGCCUCUACAGGAGAUGGAUGAAGCCUGAGCAGCGGUCCAAGGAAGAAAUUGCUGAGGUAAUCAUUCUGGAACAACUACUUCAUAUGCUUCCUGCAGAAAUGAAAACUUGGAUAAAGGAACAUGAGCCAGAGGAUGGACUCAUAGCCGCUAAACUGGCUGGCCAGUACUUGAACGCUUGCAAAGGAAUGAGGCCAGCAAGGAAACUGAAUCCAAAAGAAUCUGCUCGGUGGACAAGUGAUGGAGUCGAUCAGCCAUCAUUCAAAGGACCCGAUCACAAGCAAGGUGGUCAAGGGGUGUUUAGACCAGCAAAAGGACAAUCUGAGUGA